GAAAAGUGGAGAAGCCAUAUAUAAGACCUCGUCUUGGUGAUGUAAAUUGGCUUAAUUUUGUGAAUCAUUGUUGUCCGUACUUGUGAUGCAUUAUUACGUUCUUCACUUUUUGAUAAGAUAGCUAGCUUCUUGAAGGAAUCAAUUAAAAGCUGGUUCACAAUUAAUUAAGAAUGGAAGAAAAGCUACCUCCUGGGUUCAGGUUCCAUCCCACAGACGAAGAACUCAUCACAUAUUAUUUAUUAAGGAAAGUGUCCGAUAUUAGCUUCACAUCCAAAGCUGUAGCAGUUGUUGAUUUCAAUAAAUCUGAACCUUGGGACCUCCCAGGUAAGGCUUCGAUGGGCGAGAAGGAAUGGUAUUUCUUCAGCUUGAAAGAUCGGAAAUAUCCAACUGGGCUUCGAACCAACCGAGCUACUGAAUCAGGGUAUUGGAAAACCACAGGAAAAGACAAGGAAAUAUUUGGGGGUGGAGUUUUGAUAGGGAUGAAGAAAACCUUAGUCUUUUAUAUGGGAAGAGCUCCGAGGGGUGAGAAAAGUAACUGGGUUAUGCACGAAUAUAGGCUUGAAAACAAGCAACCCUAUUCUUCCAAGGAAGAAUGGGUGAUUUGCAGAGUCUUCCAAAAGAGCUCAGCACCAAAGAAACCACAGCAGACAUCAUCCUCCCAACCAUCUCAAGAGUCUCCUAUCUCAAUGGUCAAUGAAUUUGGUGAUGUCGACCUACCAAAUCUUAAUAGCAUUGCAAAUUCAUCCAGUAGCUUCACCAACAAUAUUGCAUACAAUGGUGAUCAUCCUAGCAAUGUUAACACCAAUAAUAUGAAUUUGACCAUGAAUUGGCCUUCUUCAACUGAGCUGGUUCCAUCUCUCCCAUGGCCUUCUGGAUUGCUGAAUCCUAACCUUUCUGUGAAUUCAUUGCUUCUCAAGGCAUUGCAACUUAGAAAUACUUAUCAACAAAGAGAAACUACGACCAGUACUAGUGAUCAUCACUUUGCAACAUAUGUUCCUCAAGGAUUUUCUCAUCAUAAUAUUGGAACUGAUAAACAUCACUUCCCCCCAAAUCUCAGUGCUUCUUCUUCUUCCAAAGCUUUAGAAUCUUGUGUGCCGCAGCAGGAGCAACCAUUCAAUAUGGACUCCAUUUGGUGAACGAAGUUAAUUGUGUAAAUCAUUUACACCUUGUGAAUUAUUAUCCUAAGUCCAUGCUAUAUAUAUAUAUGGUCCCAGGCCAUUUCAAAGUAGAAUGGAAUCACUUUAUUA